UUCACCUUGUGAAAUAUUCAUCAUUCGUGGACUCUCCACACCAGCCCAGUCGACCAAUGGGCGACCUCUCACGGUGCAGCAGGAGUCUCACAGCCACGGCGAGAGAGAGACAGAGAGACGCCAGCUGCAUCCACGAAAUGGACGCGUCGGAUCCAGCCGCGCACCCCUGUGCGCUGGGAUGUACAUGACUGCUUUUUGUCUUAUGCAUUCCGAUGGCGUUCUCAUAUUUCAAUUCAGUCAUGAACGCGUACGGAUACGCGCUUUCGAUCCGGUGCAUGCUUGGCCAUCGUCUCCACUCGCUGCGACCUACAAUGUUUAAGAGCCACCAGCACUCAUAAGGAAAAAAAAAAACAAACAAACCAAAAAAACAUACAAAAAAAAAACCACAAUACUGACAAACAACACAGAAGCAGACUACGAUAUGGAUAGUGGGAGCUGGGCUGCAAUGGUCGGGGACGGCGCAGCCAAUAUAACAGCUGCCCAUAUCUGGCUGAGUGUCCUCAACUCCUCCAGCCCGCCGACCCGCUGGAGCGGCCGUCCGCCCGCCGAGGGGACCGCGCCGGACGGCCGGGACCGGCUGAUGCGGGAGCAAGCCUACCGCGACUUCACCACCGCCGUGCAGGUUCUCAUCCUCAUAGGGUCACUACUCGGGAAUGCCACCGUGUUGUGGUGCACCUGCUCCACAAACGUCUUCAAAUCCGUGACCAAUCGCUUCAUCAAAAACCUGGCUUGCACGGGUAUCUGCGCCGGAUUGGUGUGCGUUCCCUUCGACGUGGCGCUGGGCUCCAGCCCUCACUGCUGUUGGUGGCUUCACACGCUGCUGCUCUGCAAGGCAAUCAAGUUCCUCCACAAACUCUUCUGCUCGGUCACCGUGCUCAAUUUCAGCGUCAUUGCACUUGACAGAUACUAUUCGGUGCUAUACCCACUCGAGAGGAAGAUCUCAGAUGCAAGGUCUAGGGAUCUGGUCAUCUACAUUUGGGUCCACGCGGUGGUGGUGAGUCUUCCUGUGUUUGCCGUUACCAACGUCACUGAUGUGUACGCGACGUCAUCCUGCUCAGAAGACCACGCCCGCUCCCUGGGGCACACGCUGUAUGUGUCGAUCUACAACAUCACCACAGUCAUCCUCCCUCUGGCGCUGGUCUUCUUCUUCAUGCUGCUAAUCCGCAGAGCGCUCAGUGCCAGCCAGAAGAAGAAAGUGAUCAUCGCGGCCUUACGGACACCGCAGAACAGCAUCUCCAUCCCGUACGUGUCUCGACGAGAGGCAGAGCUGCACGCCAGUCUCCUGGCCAUCGUGCUGGCUUUUUCUGCCUGCAGCGCCCCCUAUGGUGCUUUGGUGGUAUAUCGGAUCCUUUUGUUGGACCCCAAAGAUCUCCCUGCAUCUCUGUACCUUACAGCUUUAUGGCUCCCUAAGGUGUCCCUGCUCACUAACCCACUUUUAUUCUUGACUGUUAAUCACUCGGCGCGCCACAGUUGCCUGGAACUGCUGUCCAGAAUCCACAGACGCUACAGCCGGCGGAACAUGGUCAACACGGGGGCUCUGGCCUCUCUGGGCGCGGAGGUUGUGAUAGGAGAAUCAAUGGGACUGGAAACAGCAGGUCGCUCUGGAAGCCAACUUCUGGAGAUGUUCAACAUCGGCCAGCAGCACAUUUUCCGACCCUCUGAGGAAGAAGAGGACGAUCUAACAAAUGAGAUCCCCCCUCACGGAUUAGAGGGGCCAAAAGAGGACCACAAGAACGGUUCACGUCUAAGAGGCCUCCGGGCGCAUGUCAUUACUCAAAAUGAUCUGUUGCAGAGACAUGAAGGCGGGGUCACAAAGGAAGGCACGCCUACGAUGAUGGCAGCGCACUCAUCUCCGGUCUACACGUGUGCUUACACUUCAUCGUCCCAGGUGGCCCCGGCUACGCUUACAGAAACAGAAGACCCCACGCAGUUUGGGUUCGGACCCUUUGAGCUGCCUCCUCAGUGGUUACCAGAGACGCGGAACAGCAAGAAGAGGCUGCUGCCGCCAUUGGGCAACACACCUGAGGAGCUGAUCCAGACCAAGCUGCCCAAGCCACGGCCCGAACGGCGAAUAAGCAGGAACAACAAGGUCAGCACCAUCUCUGAUGUGGACCCAUGAACUAAAGUGCCCACAAAAAGUUGGGGAUAUUCAGCUUUCAGGUGACAUUUCAAGAUGAACCUGAAAUGCACUAUAACCUUCUCAUGGGAACUUACUGUAAUUUGACCUUCUGUAAACGUUUGACUGCAACAGUCCAACGUUUUAGUGCUUGUUUGUCUUUAACAAGGAGCUGAACGGAAAAAGUCACUGCAGGUGUUGUCCAUGUAUAGACCAAUAUAAUUCCUGGUUCAAUUACAAUUGUUAUUUAAACAGUCCUCUUCAUCAUGGUGUUCAUAUUUUGACAUCAUGAGACCAAGAUGAGGCUUCAAACAAGAUGAUCUCAAAUGGAAGUGGCCACUGAGCUUCAUCAGCAGGUUGCAGCCAAGCUACACCGACACUGGAAGAAUCACAGAAAGGCAUUCGUGGAUCAAACAUCUAUCGUGACUUAUUGUAUGUCGUUCAGCUCCGACCAAAAAAAGGUCUGCAAAAAGUGCUGAGACAUUGAGCAGUCGGACAUGUGCAUGCAAAAGGUUAGAGAAGGUCAAAUUAAGUUCACCAGUAAAGGUUAUAGUGCAUUUUAAGUUCGUCGUGAACUUUCAUGCUAAUAUGCCUAACGUUCUGUGAGUAGUGUGUGAGACUGGUGGACUUUGAUGUUCCACACUGGAUCUAUAACUGGGUCUAUGCAGAAUGCCUGCUUUCUUUGGGCCACACCAAACCUGUUUACAUUUUUUUCACCAUAUGUUGAAAGUGACACUGCUCAUGUGACGUUGAUAUGAAAUAUUUAUGCUGUGAAAAAUAAGACUGCUCAGCCAAUCAAUCCAAUAAAAAAAGUGUAAAAAUUCCAUUACCAUAAUAGAGGCACUGUCGCUUAAGAAUACAUUUUGAUAGUAAAUAAUUCACCAUUUUCUAAAACGUGUUAUUCUAACAAUGUGUACUGACCCCGCAUUUGAUAUUGCUGUUUAAUACAUCAUGUACAGUAGUAGCUGUUGUCAUCAUUUGUACUUAAAAUGUCUGUGAAUUUAAAAGAAUGCUGUUGUACAUUAUGCAAAUACAGAUAAAAACAACAACAUGACAUUUCAGGUGUUACUGUAUGCUGUGUCAUUAGUGGAGCGGUUGUAUUCGAAACAAUACAAGUCAAAUCGUACAGAUUGCUCCUGCAAGUGAACUGUUAAUUGAUGCUAUUGAUUCUUCUCAGGCUUUCAAAAAAAAAAAAAUAAUCAAUGUCGACGCGUAACCACAAAUCUAUUGCAC